AUGGCCCGACCAUUGAGAAGCGCUAAAGGAUUGUGGUUUGCUCUCGCCCUUACAUUGGCCUCUGUAUCUGGCGGACGACUGGCACUUCGACAUCCGUGCAUCACGGUUACGGAACUACCUGGCCGGUGCGUGCCAGUGAAACAGUGCGAUAAUAUUCUGUCAACUCUGCGCAAGGAUGUGCACACGAUCGAAGACAUCCGGUUUGUGGAGGACAGUGCAUGUGGUCACACCGCAGACGGCAAGGCGCUCGUUUGUUGCGCACAAAGCCCUCCAUCGACUAGCGAAGGACCUAAAGUUGAUGAGAUAGCCAGAAAUCACUCCUCAACGGUCCAUUUGCCCCGUGCGUGCGGUGUCCAAACGGAGCUAAACAGCAGCACUGUCGGUCGCCAUCCAUGGAACGUUCUGCUUCACUAUAAAGCGUAUGAAAACCGGUUCUUUUGUGGUGGCUCACUAAUAUCGGACCAGUACGUGCUAACGGCAGCCAGCUGCGCCGAUGACACGUUGUCUUGGGCAAACCUCACAGUCAGACUCGGCGAGUGGGAUCUGGAUUCGACGGUUGAUUGUAGUGUGGCCCAAGAUCUAGUGUGCGCUGACCCUGCGUUCGAUGUGAUGGUGACGAAGGUUAUCCUUCACGAAGCCUACCGCGAUCGGAGGCGAAUCGAUUUGGCGUUGCUCAGAUUGGCUCAAAAAGUCCCACUCAACGAUUGGGUAGCUCCAGUCUGUUUACCGGGAACCACCGACGGCAAGGCGCAAGACUUCCAAGCGGCCGGAUGGAAUCAGAACACUUGUGGUGAGAAGCUUAGUGGUUAUCGAUACAAAACGAUCACAAACUACCGGGCGGCCAAUAAAACUGCAUGCGGUCGGUAUUUGUCCUCGGUUCCCGCUGAGGCAUCACAUCACAUGUGUGUGUCCUCAAGCGAACGAGCAUUGGUGGUGGAGCCUGGAGGAGGCUUGACGGCGACGAAAACGUUCGACGAGGAUCGUAACAGCAAACGGGCGGAGUUGGCCGGUGUGCUCAAUUCACUCUCGAACUGUGCAAACUUUGACGGUCAUUUGGUAUUUACUAAGAUCGAACCCUUCCUGAGCUGGAUCGUGGAAGCUUUAGAGCCCUGA